AUGUCUCGAGAGGAGUUGACUGAAGUUCAAUCGCAACAGACUACAUCGACAUCGACAACUAAGGAGUCGCGAGAAAAUGUACCUACUACCACAACUGCCCCUAAAAAGACCGCGUCUUCGACCCAUCCAAGUUUUCAGGGACAACAAUCACAAAACGAACCUAGUUCGACAGCUGAUUCAAGCCAAGAGAUAAAAGCGAACGUAGCUAGACGUCAGCGUGAGAAAAUUGAUAAAGACAUUUCAAUUCCUGUAAAUGCACAUCAGAGCUUGUCAGAUAAAGACAUUACUACGACUAACAGUAUUUCUGGUGCCGAUGAUAUUCCAUUGGGUGGCUCAAAAAAUAAUGUUGGUGGCAGUAAUGUUAAUAAUGGUGUUACUGAAUAUGAUCAAGAAAAUGAGACCUCGGUAUUUCGGAAGCAGAGUAUCAACGGUAAUUCUCAAAGUUCUUUAAUUAACAUGACCACAACAAAAAUCAGUAAUCCCGCGUCCUCAUCCUCCGCUUCUGCCGCUGGCUCCUCCAAUACGACAACCGUCUCGAACAAUACUAACAAUUCCUGUUCUAAUGGUACCGGGCCAGCAUAUGAUGAGAUUCCCCAGAUGUAUCAAAAUUUGGGUUCCAACACUCCUUUCAUACCGGUUUCACCUCAAUAUUUUACUCCUGCGUUUUUUUCUAAUAAUGGACAAUACUACUACGAUCCUCAGUACAGAUUUGGUCGUCCUCCACAAAUACCACCGCCUGCUCAGCAUUUUGUCAGAUCGAAUAUUUAUCCUUAUCACCCAAUAUCCGUUAUACCUCCUAUUCAUCCAUCUUUUCAUAGCCCUCCUUUAAUCCCACCUCAAUCGCUUCCUGCAAGAUAUCUUAACCCUCCUAGUACUGCUGGUGGUGAUUCAGGUUUCUCUUCUCGAAGAAGCUCUUUGGAUCAGGCCAGAACCCCUGAUUUAGGUCCACAGCAUACUCCAAGAAUAAGUCAGCAGAAGAAACCCAAACAAUUGGAUAAGGCCCUUUGGGUCGGAAAUUUACCUGAUUCUACUACUCAUGAAGAAUUGAUGGAUUUUUUCACAGAUGAAAAUAUGGAG